CGCCGGGAAUUCGCACGCACAGCCCCGAGGAGGAGCCCAGCUGGGGAAACCCUCCCCGCCCCGAGCGUCCUACAUCUUCCAGAGGGGGAACAGCAGCGCCGCUGGAUUUACGCCGAUUUAUUUUUAUUUUAUUUUAAUUUUUUUCCCCCCUCUUCCCACGCAGCAAUUCCCAACCCCGGCUGCUCCCGGCAGCCCGGCGGGGAGUGGGAGGAAGGGGAUGCUCGGAGGGUUUGGGAAAAUCGGGAGCAUUUCCAGCCAUGCCUCGCCGGAGCUGCUCGGUCUCUGCGUGAGCUGCUGAGGCGGCUCUGGAGCCGCAGGAUUGAUGGAGAGGCGCUGAAAGCACCAGCCCCUCCUGGCGGGCCACCAUGGAUCUGCCCAGCACCAAGGACUUCCAGUGGAAGUCUCUGGCGCCGCUGCCCAGCCGCAGGGUGUACUCCACGCUGGUGGAGGCGGGCGGGCAGGUCUUCGCCGUGGGCGGCUGCGACGACAACGGCGUCCCCGUGGCCUCCUUCGAGGUCUACUCGCCCGAGGCCGACCAGUGGGCAGCGCUGCCCGCCAUGCCCACGGCCAGGGCCGGCGUGGCCGUCACCGUGCUGGGCAAGAGGAUCAUGGUGAUCGGCGGCGUGGGCGCGGAGCAGCUGCCGCUGAAGGUGGUGGAGGCGUACAGCACGGACGAGGGGCGCUGGAGGAAGCGCAGCUCGCUGCGCGAGGCCGAUGGCAUCUCGGUGACGGCCAAAGACCACAGGGUGUACGCAGCGGGCGGGAUGGGCUCGGACCUGCGGCCCCACAACUUCCUGCAGCACUAUGACGUGCUCAAGGACAUCUGGGUGUCCCUGGCUGCCAUGCCCACCCCCCGCUACGCGGCCACGUCCAUCCUGAGGGGCACCAAGAUCUACGUGCUGGGAGGAAGGCAAUCCAAGUACGCCGUCAACGCCUUCGAGGUGUUCGACACGGAGACGCGCUCCUGGACCAGGUUCCCCAGCAUUCCCACCAAGAGAGCCUUCUCCAGCUUCGUGCCCGCCGAGGGGAAGCUCUUCAGCCUGGGGGGGCUGCGCCAGGGCCGGCUCUACCGGCAGCCCAAGUUCAUGAGGACCGUGGACGUGUUCGACCUGGAGCAGGGGGGCUGGAUGAAGAUGGAGUGCUCCUGCUACCUGAAGAAAAGGCGAGCAGACUUCGUGGCCGGCUACCUGAGGGGCAGAGUUGUCGUGGCUGGGGGCCUGGGGAAUCAGCCGACUGUGCUGGAGUCGGCAGAGGCUUUCCACCCCGAGAAGAACAAGUGGGAGAGCCUGCCCCCCAUGCCCACGCCGCGCUGCGCCUGCUCCAGCAUCGCGCUGCGGGACUGCCUGCUGGCCGUGGGCGGCGUCAGCCAGGGGCUCAGCACGGCCGUGGAGGCCCUGUGCCUCUCCGACUCCUGAUGGGAACUCUCCUGGAGAGAAUCCCACCUGGAACAGGGCCCUGUGCCGCUCUGACUCCUGAGAAUCCCACCUGGAACAGAUCCCUGUGCCUCUCUGACUCCUGAUGGGAACUCUCCUGGAGAGAAUCCCACCUGGAACAGGGCCCUGUGCCUCUCUGACUCCUGAGAAUCCCACUGGAACAGGGCCCUGUGCCUCUCUGACUCCUGAGAAUCCCACUGGAACAGGGCCCUGUGCCUCUCCGACUCCUGAUGGGAACUCUCCUGGAGGGAAUCCCACCUGGAACAGGGCCCUGUGCCGCUCUGACUCCUGAGAAUCCCACCUGGAACAGAUCCCUGUGCCGCUCUGACUCCUGACUGGAACCACCUGAGUGGGAAUCCCACCUGGAACAGGGCCCCGUGCCUCUCUGACUCCUGAGAGGAGCACUCCUGGAGGAGAAUCCCACCUGGAACAGAUCCCUGUGCCUCUCUGAUUCCUAACUGGAACUCCCAGGAGGAGAAUCCCACCUUGGACAGGUUCCUGUGCCUCUCUGAUUCCUGAUCUAAGCCCACCUGAGUGGGGAUCCCACCUGGAACAGGGCUCUGUGACUCUCUGAUUCCUGAUUGGAACACUCCUGGAGAGAAUCCCAGCUGGAACAGGGUCCUGUGCCUCUCUGAUUCCUGAGAAUCCCACCUGGAACAGAUCCCUGUGCCCCUCUGAUUCCUGAGAAUCCCUCUGGAGAGAAUCCCACCUGGAGCAGGGCCCUGCCCCUGGCUGUCCCCAGCAGUGGCACUGGGGACAGUGCUGGCAGCUCCUGGAGCUGGACAGCACCACCCAGCAGCUCCCCCAGAACCACAUCCAGGGAUCCUGGUGCCGCCCUUCCUGGCACUGCUGUCCACGAGGAACCCCCACGCUGGGCAGGGGUCCCCUCCUGUCACUGUCACAGCUCCGUGGGGACAUCAGCUGGGGGAACUGCUCCCCACAGCUCCAAGGGCCCCAGGCCAGGUGUCCCUGCUGUGUCGCCUCUCCAUCUGGGGCUGCUCCUGUCACCGUGGAGCUCCGGGAGCACCGUGUGGAGCUCCGGGAACACGGUGUGGAACUCUGAGAACACCGUGUGGAGCUCCAGGAACACCGUGUGGAGCUCCAGGAACACCGUGUGGAACUCCGGGAACACCGUGUGGAGCUCCGGGAACACCGUUCAGAGCUCCAGGAACACCGUGUGGAGCUCCGGGAACAUAGUUCACUGUGUGGAGCUUCGAGGACACCGUUCAGAGCUCCAUGAACACUGUGCAGAGCUCCGAGGGCACCGUGCGGAGCUCUGAGGGUGCCGUGUGGAGCUCCAGGAACACAGUUCAGAGCUCCAUGAACACCGUGUGGAGCUCCGAGGACACCGUGCGGAGCUCCGAGGACACUGUGUGGAGCUCGAGCGUGCCGUGUGGAGCUCCAGGAACACCAUUCAGAGCUCCGAGGGCACCGUGCGGAGCUCCAAGAGCACCAUGCAGAGCUCCAGGGACACGGUGGGACAGAGGGAGCGGCGGUCAGGGUUCUUCUCCCCUCAUUCCAGGCGGGAUCCCCCGAUGCGGAGCGCUGGGGAAAGGAGGAAGGGAACAGGAGGGGAAUGAAGGGAGAGAGGAGCUUUCCCCUCCAGCCCAACCCCGGCACAGCCAAUCUCCCCGCGAGCCGCCCCUGCGCCGAGCCCGGCUGCUAAUGAGGAAUUUUCUUUGUCCUUAAGGAACCUUUGCCAGCUCUUUUCCUCCUGAUUCCCGGGCCCCGCUCAGCUCGGUGCUUUGUUCGGCUGGAGCAGGGGGAGGAGGGAUCCUCUGUGGAGCCUGAUCCUUCCUUCCUGCCUCCAGAAACCCUGGACAGGGCAGCGCCCUGGGAUUUAUGGAGGAGGUGACAGCGACUGGGGGUGACAGAACCACAGCUGGGAGAGCCCCGAGCUUCCAGAGAGGGGGACAGGAGCAGCUCUGAGCCCCUGAGGAGGGAAAAACAGCUCCAGGGCUGUGCCCGCCCUCCUGGUGGCGGAGAUGUGACCUGAGCCCCGGAGAUGUGACCUGAGCCCCAGAGAUGUGACCUGAGCCCCGUCCGGGUGGGCCGGCGCUCCUGGCUGUGCCUGCAUUUCGGGAUGGUUUUGGGUGGGUUUGGGGAUUUCCGCGGGUUGGGGUGGUUUGGUUGGGCUGAGCCGUGCUGGGUCUCCUCCCAGAGCGGUGAACAGCAGAUGGCAUCCCUGGGCUGAGCAGCACCCUCGGCAGCCGUCCCGCUGUCCUGGGCUGCCCUGGCCGGGUGGUGCCAGGCCCGGGCGGCUCCAAAAUCCCAUUUUGGGUGCUGCAAGAUCCAAAAAAUAAUUGGAUGCUGUGCGCCUCCUCCGGUGUUUUAUUCCCGUGGAAAGACAUCCCCGAGGAGCCCAAACAGCUGCCAGGAGCUGGGACAGAGCUGGAUUGGGGUCCAAAGAGCCCCUGAUGCUGCUGCCCAGGGGUCCAGGAAACGAGCUCUCCCCGAGCUCUGCAGAGAAUCCCUUGGGAUGAGGGGGCCCAGAGCUCCUUUCCCCGGAGAAAUGUUGGGUUUGUCACCAGCCAGGCCCUCCUGGCCCUGGGGGCUGCAGGAAGCCCUGGGCCGGUCCCUCUGUCCCCGGCACCCCCGGACCCCACACCCUCUCUGCUCCCUGCUCUUUACCCCAGCCCAGCCGAGCCUUUGGAGUUUUCCAGCGACAAAAGCAAUCCCGGAGCGGCCCCGGCCGUGUCCUCGGCUGAACUCCCCAUGCUCGGAGCUUGCUGAGAGGCUUUCCAGCCCCGGUGGCUGCCCCGGCACGGAGGCCGAGCGCUGAGCUGGCCCUGCUGCCAAAAAUCAUCAUUUUUCGUCACCGAGCAGACUUUGUGUGCACAAACAGGAAACUUCCUGCAGGAGCAGCCUCCAGAGGAGCGGUGCUGGAGCAGAAAUGAUUCCUGCACCUCGCCACGGGCCCAGCACACGCGGCUGGGCUGGCUCUGGCUGUUGGGGACAACAUUUUUGGGGGUCAGCGCUGCUUUUUGGGGUCAGCUCUGCCCUUUGUGGUGCCAAAAGGAGCCCAGUGUGGGGGUGUGUGAGCGCUGCUCCAGCUCCAGCCGGGAAUUCCGCUCUGGGGAGCUGGGGGUUGAGCUCUGGGGAGCACCUGUGCCACUGCCACCCUCAUCCCUGGCAUGUCCCCAGCCCUGGGGGCCACCAGCAGCGGGGUCACCCCGGCUGCUCCCAUUCCCAGGGAAUGUGCCGGCGCUGGAGCGGAUGUGGAGCCGCCUUCCUGAGACACAGACGCUUCCUGCUCGCAGAAUAAAGGCUCCAGAUUUUUUUUUGUGGGA